ACGCGACUUUCCACUCCGCCACUCUUGCAUUUCAACGGCCCGCCUUUUCUAAAACUCUACGCACCCCCUAAGACAUUUUCUGUUGUAAGGUUUUGGUUUGACCUCCUCGACAUGUUCAACUCGUCAUAAGUCUAAGAUUUUAGUCUCAUCGACUGACUGCUCAAUCAUGGAUGAUCUGCUUCCGUCCUACCAGAGCGUGGUCAGCCAGAACCCUUGGGAGCUAGUCGCGCCCUAUCUUCUUUCCGACGACUUAUGCUCUGCGGCAUUGGUCUGCCAGAAAUGGCACGAGAUAUUCACCCCUCAGCUCUGGGGUAAUCCUGCAUCUCACUUUGGAGUGCAGAACGACACUGUGUAUGUGGCUUUGACGCGCUUCAAGCGGACGUUAACCUGGGCUCGCUUGAGCGUUCGAGAGUUGACGCAUACGCUGCAUCUACCGCCAGCCCAUGCUCAGAUCUACGGAGGGCCUCACGCAGAAUGGCUCCGCGACUGUCUGGAACGACUUCCACGACUGCAGUCCCUCAUCGUGGACGGCCUGCCUUUCUUCGACCAUGCGGCCCUCCUCACGCUGCGCCAUUCCAGCCAGUGGUGGGCGUCAACCCAUCUGAAUGCAUUCCCGAGCUUCGCGCUGCGACUCCUCGACGCAUCGGGAUGCAUCAACGCGACGUCGUUUGGACUGGCCACGGCGUUUCUUCACUUCCCGGAACUGAUCUCCCUCGACCUGUCGCGGACUCUCGCAGCGAGGGACGAAAAUGUGUUCAGCCAACUGUGCCGUCUGCGGAACCUCCGAGUACUGAGGAUGAGGAAGCUGGGACUCCGCGACCCGGACCUCGACCGCAUCGCCAAAGUCAUCGGCACGAAGGUGCGCAGCCUGGACGUGAGCGACAACGUCCACCUGACCGACAAAUCCGCGCGGAAGCUGCUGGACUUCUGCGUCCGAGAGGUGAGCAUGAACGACCCGCUCCGUCGCCAGCUUCCCGAUAGCGCGGCGUGGGAAGCCGGCGGGAAGGAGACGGAGAUCUUCGGCACGGAGAACCUCGACGUCCACCUCAGGAACAAACUCACGGGGGGGUUCGUCGGCAGCCUUGCUAUUGAGCAGGCGCCUGAUGUGGGUGUUACGCAUCUGUAUAUCUCGGGGAAUAGCUUCACGGUCGAGGGCGUGUCCGGCUUGCUGAGGGCGCGGAGGCUCCAGGUGUUGGACAUUGGCACUUUGCCAGUCGUCAUGAAGCGUCCGUACAGUGAUGAGGGCGAGGAGGAUAUCGUGCUUCCUGGUGUCGAGAAGCUCACGCCUGUGCUUGCCGACGGUGUAGCGAAGAAGUUGGCAUAUUUGAGGGUUCACUACUCCAUCAUCACGAAAGAUGGCCCGAGUGAUCCGUUGCCUUCGCCGCGGGUUGAGUUAGAUGCUGGGCAUGUGCAUGCCGAAAUGCCAGCGCGAGAUUUGCACGAACUUGCGGUGCAGACGCCGCCUGAGAUGGAGCUCGAGGCAGAGCAGAGUCAGAUCCACGAACUCCCUGCAGAACCUGUAGGGCCGGUCGAACUCCCGGCACAUUCACUCGUCGGUGCAAUAGCUGGCAUGAGUGGACUGGGUAAGAACUCGUCGACGACAGACACGCCGCCCCCGGCCAUCGAAGUCAUUCCGGAGCCUACCAUCGUGAAGAGCGGACCAGCGCAUGCACCCGAACCCGUCUUCCUCGGACAAGAAGACACACCCCUGAGUCCUGCUCGCGACGCAAGAGGGAGGCUCUCCCCAGUGUCACCGAUGACCCCCUUCCCCAACAUCACCGACGAGAUUCCCAACGGACAAGCACCCUCACCAACACAUCUCCAAACCCCACCCACACGAUCCCGCCACAACUCAACCCACUACGUCGAAGACCGCCGCACCCGCCUCGACAUGCGAUACGCACAAUCCCCGCGCCUCCACCCAGGCAUGCUCCCCAGAGCCCACACCCUCGUCUUCACAGACGUCCCAACCACGACCCCCGACCGCCAGCUCAUCGACCGCCUCAUCCACUUCAUCACCUCCGCCGCCGAAGAAUCCGCCAUUGCGCUGCUCCGCGCCCACCACACGUACAUGCUCCCACCCGGCCGCACGCGCACGACCGCGGAGAAACAACACGCAAGCACCAUCUUCGCACUCCGCCGCAUCGUCCUCGAAAUGGCGCCCCCUGCCCCUGCCCCCUCCUCGUCCAACAACAAGAAAACGUCAAGUGGAUGGCACGCCCCGCCCACGAAAUCCUCAACCGAAGACCCCGACUCGGAAGCCUUCUGGCACGCCGCCGCCCACGACUUCUCCUUCUUCACAGACGACGAGUGCGGUCUUCCCCCGACUCCAUCUCACCACCUCCCCCUCGCAGCCAUGGACGGCCUUAUGCUCGCCCCGUCUUCCCCCUCCCCCUCUUCAUCCCUCCCCCCUCCCAAUCCCGACGCAGGGGGUGGCAAAGUGAAGAUGUACGACACCAUAUCCGAACUCGCCGCGUUCCGUAAGGACAGGAAAGCAGCGUACGACGCAGCCCGUGCUGCUGCACCGGUUGGAGCGGAUGUGUUCGUAGAGGGGCACUGGGACGGGAGGGUUACGAUUGUUAGGAGGAAAGGUGGUGGGGAAGGGGAGGAGGGGGAGGAGGAUUAUUAUGGGAAUAGAUUUGAGGGGGGGUGGCUUUACCGCUAA